AUGGGUUCCUUGACUGGGUACUUGCUGGUGUAUGUCCUUGGUGGCGUUACCUUCAUUCCCGUUGUAUUUGGCCUUCUAAUAUUCCACGCCUGGUUGACUCUGCCACGCCGGGAGAAUGGCGAAAUACCGGAUUGGUACACCCUCGACGGGAUUCAACGUCCGACCGAUAGCCAAGCCACUCUUCAAACAGCCACUGAUGCCCUCGCUGAGAAGUUCCAGCGGAUCCACGAAACCGAUGUAGCAGCGGGGUACUUUACUGUGUGUCGUGAGUAUGUUCCAGGAGGACUCAACGGCAAACCUCCUGAACGGACCACUCCCGCUGGGGAAGUCAUAACUCCUGAGAGUCCGAGUGUUUAUCAGAGCAUGUAUCGCAGUAUCUUCGAUAGGCGAAACUCUACAACGGUUGAUCAUGGAAAGGUAAACGGCAAGAAUAACAAGAAAGGGAGAAAUGUCUUUUAUAUCGUCCUAAGGCAUGGCCACCUUAUGCUCUAUGAUGACUCGGAGCAAAUGGAAGUUCGCUACGUUAUUUCUCUAUCACAUCACGAUGUUGAAAUAUAUAGCGGUGGAGAGCCCAUCCCGGAAGGCGAGCUGUGGAUCAAGCGAAACGCCAUACGCCUUUCGAGAAAGCUAUCGCCGUCUGACGCCACCAAUCCGCAAAUGGCUACCCUUCCCUUUUAUUUGUUUUCAGAAAACCCCUCCGAAAAAGAAGACCUCUAUUUUGCCAUUUUGAAAAACUUAGAGAAGCUUCCCGAGUCCCCGAAUUCCCCUCCCACUGCCCAGCAUUUUGAUGCUAAAGACAUUGUGAACCUGGUUAAAGGACUACAUUCCUCCGAAGAGAAUCUUCAUACUCGGUGGUUCAAUGCCUUGAUUGGGAGGCUAUUUCUUUCGGUGUAUAAAACUACAGAGCUGGAGAGCCAUAUCUGGACGAAAAUUUCGAAGAAGAUAUCUCGAGUGAAAAAACCAAAUUUUAUAACAAGGAUCAUACUUCGAAAAAUAAAUGCAGGUGGGGGUAUCCCUCUUAUCACAAACCCACGACUUAAAGAUCUCACUGUUGAUGGCGACUGUUGUGUCGAGGCGGAUCUUACUUACAACGGCAAUUUUCGCAUAGAAAUUGCCGCCACUGCGCGAAUUGACCUAGGAGCGCGAUUCAAAGCCCGAGAGGUUGAUCUUGUGUUAGCCGUUGUAUUGAAGAGGCUGAAAGGUCAUGGCUUACUUCGCUUUAAGCCUCCGCCAAGUAACCGCGCCUGGUUCUCCUUCGAAACUAUGCCUGAAAUGGAAAUGAAUAUCGAACCCAUUGUUAGCUCCAUGCAAAUUACAUAUGGAGUUAUCCUUCGAGCUAUCGAGAGUCGAAUAAGGGAAGUCGUAGGAGAGACCUUAGUGCAGCCUUUCUGGGAUGAUAUACCGUUCCUUGACACGUCGCUCCAGCGUUAUCGUGGCGGAAUAUGGCAAGAGACUUCAGCCCCAUCUCAUGAUCAAACAACCGGAGACGAUAUACAGGUAGAGGAACAUACUGCGGAGAUCUUGCCCGAUGACGUUUUAAGUAAUGACGAGCAAACUGAAGGCGUCAUCACAAUUUCUUCCCCCCUGUCCCCAGCCCUCGAUUGGAGGAGCAAGAGCUCACCGGCACUGGACACCUGUGCUGGAGUCACCGACAUUAAUCGUUCCGAACCCGUAACUAUCUCCAGGAAAAUGACCUCCCAAUCCAACAGCUCCGUGACAUAUGGUUCGCUGGAGUCCGUUUCCAACGAAAAGCUCGAUGACAAUGUUGCAACCAGUACUAUGAUCGAUUCUCCCACCUCCCAUUCUCCGAGGGCUUCGCUUCAUCAUAGAUCAGUUCAAAGAUCUCCCUCCUUCCAGAAAUCUUCCGGUUCUUCUAUGGAUGGUCGCACACGCGCCGACUCAAUUGUCAGCCAAACUUCAUCAAAUUCGAUCGCUGAAAACAGCGAGACAGACUUGGCCGACCCAAAGAACAGAAAAACGACACAACAGAGCCCCAGCUCAAAACCUGGGCCUAACACCCUCGCACCGAGCGCAAACCCCCUAGAAACACGGCAAACCAUGGGCUCUUUAGGAUCAGUCGCUGCAGCUGCAGCCAAAAAGUGGGGAUGGAACGUCUUGGGACGUGUUGACCAAUUUCAAAAGGGUACUGAUAGAACCCCUGUCAACUUAGACCAUCCUAUGGGGCGAGGAAGGCCCCUACCCCCUCCAGGAACUCCAUUACCUCCCCCGGAGAGAUCUUUAUUCCGAACCAGCACGGUUUCAUUGCCUAAACGAAAACCACUGGCGCCACGCUUAUUUCCCGAGACUGUCGAGAGAACGGAUUUGAGAACCGUGAAGCUGUCAGAGCCAAACCUUUCACGCCACAGGGACUCUGACUCAUCGUCCAUCAAGACUGAAAAUGACGAAGCACGCGAAGAACUACUUAUUAUUAAAGCCCCAGCAAGUUCUGAUAGGAAUAUCCCAUUUGUGAGCGAAACUCCCCUCUGCGAAAACAUUAAACCAAACGAUGAGUGCUUAAAAACCUCUUUCCUUCCUGUGGGAACUGUACAGGGUGCUUCUAAUAAACAUGAUGCUUCGAAGGACCACCCUUCCACUGGCCAUGUGAACACAGCACCCUUUAACAUAGAAUCAAGUGAAAAUAAGGCCGUAAAGCUUGAGUAG